UUCUCCCUCUUCUCCCCCUCGAGGAAAGAAACAAGAACCCAACCCCGAGCAGCGAGUACCAAACGCAGGCACAAUGCAGUGAGCAAUCAAUCAUCCUCCCUCCCUCCCGGCGCCGUAGAGGAAGCAGAAUAAUAAGCAGGAGCGUCCGUCCUUCCGGCGAAGCCACGCGGCCUCCACCGGGCCGGUUUCUUCUCUUGACUAUCGGCGCUCAUGGCAGAGACCGGAGAUGCAAGCAGCGACUGGCUUGCGCGCCUCUCUGGACUCGGUUCAUAUGUUUGCUCCAAGAUGAACUACCACGAGUACUGCAGCCAUGAAUACAACGGCAUCCACAGCGCGCUUCACAGAGUCCUCGAAGAAAAGGAGAAGGUGGAGCAAGAACACAAGGCAAGGCUUCAACUCGUCGCUGCAAAGGAGGAGCUCGUUAAAAGGAAUGAAGAGCAGGAAGCAGAGAUUCAGUCUCUAAAGAGAAAGCUCCAAGCAAGUGAGGCAAGCCAUACGCCGGCACAGGGGAGUGGUCGUGAACAUAACCAGUCUGGAAGGAAGCAGGUGCAAAGAACGUCAGUGCAGAAAAGAAAACGGCAAUCUGAGGGACAAGCUGGUGAAGAUGCUGAGGAUCAUCAGGCUGCGGAAAUUCUGUGUGCUAUGAACAAUCUUGAACAAGGUUUGAGUGCGGAGCUUCGCGAUGUUAGAGAAGAGACUUCAAAUAUCAACGCUGAGCUCAUCAAGGGAUUUCUUGAUAUGGGUGGUGUUGGUAGACAGAAUAUCGCAGUAAAGUACAUGGGGCAGUUGAGUGAGAGGCCAUUCCUACUGGCAUGCCUUCAGAAGUUUCUCCGCAAAGAAGCCGAGGCAGAAGCUUCUCGGCUGUGCAAAUUUUGGCAGGAGCAGCUCAUGAACCCAGAGUGGUAUCCCUUCAAGACUGACACGGUUGGAGGCAUUUCUGAGGGGACUAUUAAUGACGAUGACAUUAAGCUACAAGAGCUGCGGGCUACAUGGGGGGAAGAGUCUUACAAGGCUUUGGUGAAGGCUUUGGUGAAUAGUUUCUUGGAGUUAAAGGAAUGUGGCAAGCUGAGUGACAGAACCAUUGUAGCCCAGCUUUGGAAUUUCGAAGAGGACAGGAAGGCCACUCUCAGUGAGAGUGUUGAGUACGUGUGCAACAAAGUGAAGAGCCUCAGCAAUGAGAAUGUCAGGACCUCGACUCGCGGGAAAAGGGGCCGUUGUGUUGGACGAGCAUGAAGACACUAACGAAAAGAAUAGGGAACUUACUCAGGCCGGCGGUAUCUGGAUACAAAACGUAGAAACACUAACUCAUGGUGAAGAAACUGAAGACUAAAGAACCUGACCUUAGCAAGGAAGGAAACCCCCAAAGACCAUAUCGCAGAGCUAUGGUUUCGAUGUUUUCUUCUAUCCGUUUCAAACUAUCUAGAAUGACCUUGUUCCUUGUGGUACUCGGCAUGUUUUGAAUCUCAUCUCAGCUUCAGUAUUGUGUUAAGCUCGAACUAACUAUGGAUUUUCACAUGAACGGCUGAAUGUCGGUUGCAUAAUAGAUUUCAUCUGCCUUUCA